AUGAAUCUUUGCACCCAAUGUCCUAAUCUUCAAGGACUGUAUAUUUCCACGAAUGAAUUCAGCGGUAAGCUCACCUCACAGUUUAAUAACUGUACAGAGCUUUCUGUCUUAUCUCUGUCAAAAAAUAAGUUUGAUGGACGUAUUCCAAAAGGUUUUAGGAGUUUAGAAAAGCUUGAAGUGCUAGAUCUUGGAAGUAACAAUUUAACUGGAAAUAUACCUCCUGUCAUAAGCAACUUGUCAAUGUUACAAGAGUUUGCCAUCGAAUUAAACAACGUGAAAGGUGGCAUUCCAAGUGAUUUAUGGUGUCUCCAAAAUUUGAAAAUUUUGGUAUUUCAACAUAAUGAUCUCACUGGGGCAAUACCCCAAAAUAUUUUCAACAUUACCUCUCUACAACAGCUUAGCUUGGUUGAAAAUUCCUUUUCUGGAAAUCUUCCAUUAGAUACUUGGAUCUCUUGCCCUAAUCUUGAAAUUCUAGUACUUGGUUUCAACAAAAUUAGUGGUCAUAUCCCAUCAUAUCUUUCAAAUAUUUCCAGCCUCUUCAUAGUAAAUUUUUCUGUUAACUUUCUCUCUGGACAUAUACCCAGAAAUCUUGGGAACUUAAAAAAUCUAAAAAUGCUUGGUCUAGGUGACAAUCAGCUGACAGCGGAGCCUGGAUAUCAAGAGCAUAGUUUCCUUUUAUCUUUAACUAAUUGCAGAUUUUUGGAGGAGCUAUAUUUAUCCACCAAUCUCUUGAAUAUUACAAUUCCGGAUGCCAUUGGAAAUUUUUCACUUUCGCUUAAAGUCUUUGAUGCAAGUGAAAACCAACUAAAGGGUCAAAUUCCAAUGGGAAUUGGUUUCUUGAAAAACUUGUACACACUUGAUUUGUUGGGCAACAAUUUGACCUGA